GCUAUUUUUUAACGAAUUCAAUCUAUACAACAAUAAAAAUGUCCCUUUACGAUUACAAAUAUUUCAGCCCACAUUAAGUAAAUUCACUUGGCAACGUUUCUACUUCACUCAAGGGCCUCUGUGGAGUUUAUCAAAGAAACAGUGUGGAGAAAGUCAUAUUAAGCGAUGCGAGAUACAAGCACAGAACGUAAUGCAAACACAGUACAGCAAGUUAGGAAGCUACCAGUUUUGUGGCUGAGUAGCUAUUAACCUAGCAACAGGUUCGCUUCACCGGAGAUUAAAGUCUUUUUCCUGUUCAUAAAGUAUUGUAUUAAAACAUUCAGCCGAACAUAGUAAGCCAUUUGAAACGCAGGGCAGUGUAUUUUAUAUUCUGGACAGAUAGGAAGCAAUUACAUAUGCUGAUGGCGUGCUAAUAACAAUAUCCUACAUAGGAACAUGCGUCGAAAAUACAUAACGUUUGGAGCUUUCUGUUCAGUUUCGUUGUUCAUAGUAUGGCUGUAUAUCUGGAAUAUGAGCAGUGUUUCCGUUUCGGUAAAUGGUUUCUCGUCACCAGCGGUACAUUCAAUGCAACGAAACAAAGAAGAGAAACCGCAUAUUGUUCCGAGCAAAGGGAUUAUCCUUAUAUGGGCAAUGUUUAUCAUGCCUGGGGAAAUCCCCAAACACCCAUUAUGCGGGGGCGGAUGCACAGUCACGCAUGACCGAGCAUACUUCGAUGACGCAGACGCUGUUGUGUUUAUGAUGAAAUCAGCGAAGCGAAACGAUCUACCAGAUCCCAAGAAAAGGCGACCCAAUCAGGCGUUCGUAUGGUGGUCACGUGAAAGCGCAUGGACGGCAAAGUAUUUGUACCGAAAAAGUUUGGACGAUUUUGAUGAUUACUUUAACUGGACGAUGACCCACAGACGAGAUUCAGACGUUAAUGGAAUGUUGUAUCCGUUUGUUGCGAGAGACUUUGUGAAGACAAGACUCAAGCAAACGAUCGACGCAGAGAACGACGAUUUGUCACGUGAUCCUGGAAUCGUUAAGACGGAAAACAUUCUGUUUGGAAGCGAAGAUCAACGGAAGGACAACCAGGAGAUGGAGCCAAAGAUUCGUGAUGUCAUCGCACGAAAAACAGGAGUUGUUGCAUGGGUGGCAAGCAACUGUGCCCUCACAGAGGGUGCGAAACAAAGGUUUAUUGUUGUGCAACAGUUACAAAGGUUAGGGGUUGGGGUGGAUAUUUAUGGACAUUGUGGGAACCUCACUUUUGGGAGUAAAGGGUUUUACCCAACAUUGGCUGACUAUAAGUUCUACUUGGCCUUUGAAAAUGGGGUUCAUUGUCGGGGUUAUAUCACAGAGAAGUUAUGGUUCAACGCAUUUUACUCUGGGGCUGUUCCUAUUGUGUGGGGUCCUCCUAAAAGUGAUGUGGAAGAAAUUGCUCCUCCAGGAUCAUUCAUUCAUUAUGAUGACUUUAAUUCACUUGAGGAGCUAGCUAAGUAUUUAAAACACUUAGACACAGACAUGGGCGCUUAUACAAAGUACUUCGCGUGGAGAUGGAAAAUACCGGGUUAUUAUCCUUUACUAGGUGUAAAUGACUAUAAAGACCGGGCUUUGCUGACAAAACAUAAAAACCAUUUUGAUAACGCGUUUUGUGAAUUGUGUCGGUUCAUAAAAGGGGGCGUGAACCAAGUUUCUCAUAAAACAGUUCCUUCACUGAAAAAGUUUUGGUUUGACGCCGAUACAGAUGAUUGUUUAAAAAGAAACUGA